AUGCACGAAAAAAUAGUGCUCGCGUUGUUAGUGCUCCAGUGUACGCUCUGUCUUUCUAUACGAGUGCCUGUGGACUGGAAUGAUGAGAGUGAAGUGAAAUACGAACAGUCUGUGGUUAACGAGGAAAAGGAGCAAACUCCUCAACCCCCGAUUUACAAUGAAUAUUUCAAAUACACCGCGAAUAAACCACAGUUCGCCAUCGACUCUGCCACCACCUACGGCUUCCAAUCGCCGGAAAGUCAUUACAAGUCGCAUCCUGUCCGACCUCACACGGGUCUUACAAAACCGGUACUGGGACAGCAUCAAAUUUUAAACUCGGAAAAAGAUACAUAUCUACCUUUUCAAAAAUUCGUUCAAAAUUCUGUGGAAUCGAGUUAUGUAACGCCAGUGUCAACAUCUUUUGAAGUUUAUCAUCCGUAUAAAGCUGAACAGCCGGCUUUACAAGAAAUGUAUAAAGAUCCCGUUUUAGAUAAAAUAAGAAAUGAUUUACGUAAUAGUAAAAAUAGAUUGCAAAGGUAUGAAAAUGAAGCAGGGGAAGCGGAUAUAAGUGUAGAUGAAUAUUUGGAGUCUCCUGCUAAAACUGAUCGUAAGAAAUUUCCUCAUAAAAAUACACCGGUACCAUACGAAAUACAUAGGCCGCAGCGCCGACCUAUAUAUUACCGCCCACCAGUAAGAUCGAAUUAUAGGGAGCAAGUUUUGAAUCACAAAUUAAGGCAUCCGUGGAAUCAAAAUAUAGCGAAAGUUACUCCAUAUCAUUACCGCCCCAUAAAAAAUCAUAUACAUAGCUUAAGACAGCAUCAUGCACUAAAGUAUGACGAUGAGCAAAAUGAAUAUCCUCAAUUACCUAUCCCAGAAAAGUACAGUGAGGUACCAGACGGUUAUGACAUAUACGAAAAAGGUAAAGCGAAAUAUGUAAAACUUAGAAAUAAUGUCGAUGAAUCUAUAAAUAAAGCUGUGCAAGAAAAUAGACCUUAUGAUAAGUAUAAAUUAGAACUACAAAAUGGAUAUAACAAUGAUCAUCAAAAUUAUGGGCAAGACGAGGAAGAAUUUGUACCCAUAAAGAACUACGCUCAAGUAAGAAAAACUGAAACAACUAAACAUCUUCCAAGAACAGCUGCUUUACACGACGCUGAGAGUUUUGAGGAACUUCAAAAUGCUCCACGCCUAAGAGAAGCUAUUAAAAGCACAAAAGCACAGAUAGUUUACUCAGAAGAGGGAUAUGAAGAUGCAGCUUAUGACCAUGCUGGUGAACAUAAACACGCCUCUGACCAUGAAGGACAUGGUGGCUAUCUAAAAGAAAAUGAAAUUAGUGGCGGUAAAUAUCAAACACCUUCCGUGAGUACUAGUUAUGAUGACGCAAAGGGUUCUAAGUAUAGGGACCAACUCUUAGACGGCAAGAAAUGGAAAGAUUCUAAGAAAGAAAAUGAAGAUGAAGUUGAAUCUGAUGACUACUCUGAAGAUAACGGCGAACACGAUCUUAAUAACGACGAAAAAGAUAAUUCAGAGGACGGCUACGAAGAAAAAGAAGACAUUUCUCAACAUGAAGUUAUAAAACGGGAAACAUCAUUUAAAGUUCCAGAAUUUGAUUUCAAUUCAACAUUACCAUCAAAUGCAGAAAUACUCAAGCUAUCUGUAGCAAAAGUGGAUCCCCAAAAACUGAUACAGGACAACAGCAAUGAAAAAAUAAAAUAUCCCUAUUAUUAUCAAAAUAUAAAAACAUUGAAUAAAAAUUCACCACUUCGUUAUGCUGAAAAUAUUGAUUUGAUACCUAAAAAGUCGAGUGGAGGUACUGAAUUCUAUGAUUCACGCUCCAAUCUUGAAUGCCCUGAAGUAGAAGAAAAUGUAGAUGCAGUACCUGAUAAAUUAAAGAAAGGGAAUCAUCCAGAUGAAACUGAUGAAAAUUCAGAUAAGAAUAAAGAUGCGAAAAAAGCUGACGAGAAAAAAUUUGAUACCUUAAAAAAUAAUCAGCGACUCAAAGGUCUUGGCGAUAAAAUUGAUUGUUUCAAAGCUAAGUACUUCGGAGAAAACCCUUUAGACAGUCCAUUUUUUAAGGAAGACAUCAUUGAGAGUCCAGAACCUAUUACUAAGCCCAAUCUAAAAGUUUUUAAACCCAAAAAGAUAGAAGAAAAUACAAAAGAUAAAUUACAUUAUUACGAUGCUGAUAUAUUUUCCGUUCUUGAUAAAAUACAUAAUAUUAAUAAUAAUUUAAGAACACCCAUGAAAAAUGAAUCAUUAGUUACUGAUAGUAUACCUUCUAAUAAUACUGAUUUGAAUACUCAAUCAAAACAUGUCACCAAACCCUCUCUAACUGUUAGAAAAAAGAGAGCAGCUCCCUUUACAUAUGAGCCAUAUAAAAUUAUAAGAGACAGUCAAAUCCAAGACUCAAAGAAAACUACAACUACGGGCAAUAUUAGCCCAUUGAUUAAACAAUUACAGUCAAGCAAAAUUAUUGACAAAGUUACUUCUAAUUUAGAUAAAGAUCAAAAUAUCAAAAAUAAUGCAAAACCGUACAAAGAUAUUGGAAAACUUGAUAGGAAAAAAGCUAACGAACAGAUUAAUGAUUCCGUUGAUGCAACUUUUGUUGAUGUGAACUCAGACAAACGUCGGAGUGAACCUCGUUUUGAAUUACGCCCUUCUAAUCAUAAAGAUACUUACACACCAGUUGAAAACAAGCGAGCCAUAUCAGUCGAAGAAUAUAAAAUACAAACCAGUAAUAAAACGGACACUGACAAUAGCACAAAACAAAUACAGGUAACAACAGCUAAUCCGAAACGUACUCGAUCAACGAGGACAACCUCAAGACCGUUCUUUGAUGUAUCUAAAUAUUUACCACAAAUUAUAGAAUCACAAAGUAUUGCAGCAUCAAAUGCUGUAGAAAAAGUUAUUCGUACCCCUCAAGAUUCAAAUGAAAAAAAAUUGCGGCGAAAAGUAGAAGAAAAAAUUGAUGACGACGAUGACGAUGUUGAGGAAUAUGAUGAGUAUGAAGAUGAUGACGAAAACCAUGAAGAAGAAGUUGAUAUAACGACAACGACGACUACAACAUCAACUACUACGAGACGACCAUCAACAAGAAAAAAAACGAGAGGGACCACAACUAUCAAAACAACUACAGUUGAAAAUGAGACGGAACCGCCUAAAUUACGUUUGAUUACAAGAUUCCGUAAUCCUUCAACAACGUCUAAAACUAAGACACGUCAUGAAGUUAUUAAGGAUUCUGUUCCUAAAGUAUACAUUGAAACUGAUUCUCCAAAAUACACAGAAAAGAAGAGAAAAUCAACAAAGAGUAUGUUGGUUACCGAUACAAAAACAUAUGGAGAUGAUGAUGAUGAUGAUAUAACAAGGAAAGAAGUUGAUGCUUUAUUGCAUGUAAAACAAGAUAUGAAAGAGUAUAUGCCACUUUAUGAAAAAGAAAAUAAAUACAGUAGUGAUGCAACUAAUAAGAAAAAAGAUGAUGAUAAAUCUGUUGACAGCGACAGUGAUGAUGUUGAUAAAGCUGAAAUUGAAGAUGAUGAAGACGAUGACGAUGGCGAUGAUGAAGAUGAUGAUGAUGAUGAUGAUGAUGAAGACGAUGAUUCUGAUGACAAAGAAGACGAUGAUGAAAAUGAGAAUAGCAAUGAUUCUAAUCAUAAGAACGAGAAACAACAUUCAGAAAUAACUACUUCUGAGCCAACAAAAAGGACCCUCGCUAGAACAACAGUAGCUCCAGCCACGACAACAGAGUCCAGAAGUGCAAGAGUUGAGUUGAAACCCGUAAUAUUGAAAAAGAAAUUUGAGGUGCAUGAAGAAACACCAGUUAAUCAACCAUCUCCGCACGUUACGCAUUUCAAACAAGAUAUUAAGGAAAUAGAGAUUAUUAAAAAAAUGGCACCAAAAGCUAGAGAGAAAAUCAACAAAAACUCACAAGCCUUACACUUAUAUAGAGAUGAAAAUUUAGCUGAAGAAAUAAAUAAAUUAGGAGAUGUGGAAGUAUUUAAAGAAAACCUAAAUCUAAAAGAAGGGCCAAAACAUGGUGGUAAUUAUAGAAGUGUUACACCAGAAAAUCUUCAAAAAGAAAUGCCAACAUCUAAACAGCGUGAAGUGACAAUUAACGGAGACGUUGAACCUUCUCCAACACAGCCUAGAAAACGCAUAAAAUUAGAUUCUCAAGUAACUUCAAAACAUCAAAAUCCCUCAAGCAUUUCUCGAUCAAAUAACAAUGCUAAAAGUGCUAAACUAAUCGAAUUAAGUGAACCGGAAGAAAUAGCUCCAAAGAUGCAUGGAGGAAAUUUAAAAUAUGCAAGAAACAAAGGAGCGAGACAAAACGAUAAAAACGAAAAAUUUAUUGAGCUUGAUGAAUCGGAAGAAGAUGAAACAUCGAAAAUGCACGGAGGUAACUUCAAAUCUCUCACAGAGGACGAAAACACUGGCCGCCAAAUGCAUGGUGGGAACUACAGAAGCGCAAAAAUCGUUACACCUGAAGAAGCCACUAGCAAACCAAGGAGAAGAACCAAAAACAGGGACGCUAGAACGAACGCUGCAGUUUUGUUAAACAGCUAUGCGCGUGUUGUACCCAUCCUUACAACUACUCCCGCAUACAUUCUAGAUCCCAGUAAGCGUAUGUACUAUUAUGUAGAUGCCUAAGCUAUUUCUUAAAAAUGAUUUCUUUAAAGCUAUAAAUAGGACAUUAAGAAAUAGAAAGUGCCACAAAAUUAAC